AAGGCAUUCGCGUUAGUCCACAAAUAGCAGACAAAUGGUGGACAACUCUUGUACAGAAAUAUACAGAAGUACAGCGGCAUUAUCACACACUUGACCACAUUGCAGACAUGUUUGUGCUCUACGACAGUUGGAAUCAACGAUUAAUGAACUGCAACGCAGUCGCGUUGGCAAUAUUCUUCCAUGACAUUGUGUAUGAUCCUAAGUCUCCAUGCAAUGAACAAGACAGUAUACAGAUGUUCAGAGCCUUUGCCCUUGAAGCUGAAUUAAAUGCACAUCUUAUAGAUACAACGAUACAACUGAUAGAUGCAACCAUCACUCAUUUGUCAAAUGUUGCCGAUGACAACAGAGACCUCAAGUUUUUCCUGGAUUUUGAUAUGGCAGUGCUGGGUCGACCAGCUGAUGGUUACCGUGACUACGCUGGUCAGAUACAGAGGGAGUACUGUCACCUGGACACAGAAACAUUCAACACCAAGAGAGCUCAGGUCCUACAGAACUUCCUCACUAGGGAGCACAUCUUCUCCACAGAAGAGUUCAAACAGUUGUAUGAAGAACAAGCACGGACCAACAUUGCAAGGGAGAUCACUCUUCUUCAGUCACAAUCGACUUGAUCAGCUUUUACUGGAACUUUUUCAAUAGCAGUAGUGUAUCGAUAAUGACUGUGAUACUGAAUCCCGAUUCAUCGUCUGAUGCAGUUUAGUUUUAUCUGAACUUGAAGUCUGUAAGUCUGUAUGGCUUGUAAGCUAUCAUGUUUAUAAGGCUUAACAAAAUAAAAGAAUUGGUUCUCAGGCAAUGACUUUUGAAAAUAUAGUGAGGGUGGGUGGUGUUUUUUUGUUGUUGCUUGUUCAAACUAGUUUGUUACCAAAUAAACAGUUGUGUACCAUCAACCUUGGAAAGAGCCUCCCUUUAAAAACAACCAUACAAACUCCUAUUGCCGCAUGUAAAGGGAAGUAACUGCGUGCUAUGUUGGAUCACAUAUCUUUUAAGUAUUAAUAUUUUUUAUAUUUUUAUUUAAAUGGAAAUAACAACAAAACAUGCGGCAGACUUUAUGAUGAUGCGGGAGGUGCCUGACAACCAAGACUAUAUUUUCUUUAGCCUAAUAGAAAGGGUGGGUGUGUGUGUUAUAAUAUUCAGGCUCCUACAGUGUAUGACACACAUUGAGGAUUCCUGCCAGAAAGUUACAAUCCUUGAUUACAGCCAUCAACUAGCUGCCACGUACGAUCUCAAUAGCUGGGCAUGCAAUGUUAUGUCAGUGUGCCAGAAUAGCAUCCUAUGGAUGAUACAUAUAUAUUGUGUAGGAGGCACAAGAGGAACCGCAUUGUGUUCCUGUUUAGAAUUGUUAGGGUAUAUUAUUAAGGUGUAUUAAAGUUUGUUUAACCUUCUAUUUGACAAAUUGUUUCGCGUUUGUCCUUUAUUUCAAGAGCAAUAUGUUAUAUACUUUGAAUAUUAGAAAUAAGGCAUAUAAGAAUCAAAUUCAGUGUAGAUGUACAAUUUACAAUUACCAUAUUUGCCAUAUUAAGCACCCUGCACCAACAACUGCCCACUGACCAACUUCUGGACCAGUCUGUCAGUAAUCUUUACAAGUGCACCAAAAUAAUCUCAACAUUAACGCAACUGUCCAUAUUUUCUUGUGUACAUUACCGAUUGUUUUAUAUAGAAACGAGAAUGAGCAGUGUAGAGUGAGUGAGUGAGUAUGGUUUUACGCCGCUUUUAGCAAUAUUCCAGCAAUAUCACGGCGGGGGACACCAGAAAUGGGCUUCACACAUUGUACCCAUGUCGGGAAUCGAACCCAGGUCUUCGGCGUGGCGAGCGAACGCUUUAACCACUAGGCUACCCGACUGCCCCUGAGCAGGGUAGAAGGAUUAUAUGCCUGUCUUAGUUGUAUCAGAGAGGUGUUGCAUCAGAAUAAAAAAUCUAAUUUUAAUGAUAUUCAUGGAAUAAUUAUGUACAACCAAGAUGACUUAAUAUGAUUGCAUCAAUUAAGUGGACCACAUUCAGUUUCUUAGAAUUUAUAUUCAUCAAACAUGUGAUUUCUGUGAAAAUAGACUAAUUGUAUAUAGAUAUAUACAAUAUUGUGAUAAUUUCAUUAAUGAUUGUACAUACAUUGUUAUAUAUUUUUACUAUUUUUA